UUAAAAAAAAUCUGCCAUACAAAGUUUCUGUGGUGCCUUCUAAUCCAAUUUUCUGACUUUCUUGCUCAUGUCAGGUACUACACCCCAAGACCCACGUUUCACUUCACUCAUUAUGGUGAUGGUUAUGAGUGUACAGUAACAUUACCAUCUAGUGCCAUGUUUCAGCUUUUAGUAGGUCCAAGACUUAACCAGACUGUAUGGCCUUAACCAGUACUGUCUAGGCUUAACCGGACCCGGUGCCUUAACCAGGACCGUGUGGACUUAACCAGGCCGAAAUGUGAAGGCUUAACCGGCUUUUAAGCAGUCCGGUCAAAACAAUCUUAACCGGCUUCAGUUGUCCUUCCAGCUUCACUGGCCUUAACCGGACUGCUUCAAAUACGAGCGGCGCGCACACGGCGGCGCGCACGGGGACUGCUUCGGAAGAGGGAGCGGCGGCGGCAAUGGAGGCGGCGGGGAGCACGAGGACUGCUUCGGAAGAGGGAGCGGCGGCGGCAAUGGAGGCGGCGGGGAGCACGAGGACUGCUUCGGAAGAGGACUCUGGGGCUUCGGCGCGGGUGACUGCCCUCACGAACGAUCCAGAUACUGAUGAGCUCACUGUCAAGUGGUUACACGAAAACAUGGAACCUCUAAGGGGAGGUGACCAAGCGCGGUAUCGACUAAACCAGUUUGCAGAUUUAAAAAAGACACUUUCAGAUACUGCAACCAAGACGAUAGACCGUCUUGGAUUUGGUUCAUUUCUUGGCAUCAAUAUGGAAAUGCUUCCUGAUAAACAGUUUGCCAUAUGGACGGCUUCUUUGUGCAAGCCCGCAAAGGUCCAGAAUAAAGAUGUUGUUGUGCUUGAUCUUGACCCCAAGCAUCCUCUGGUGAUAUCACAAGAAGCUUUGCAUAUUUUAACUGGCCUUCCAAUGGGUCAGGAAGAUGUACCUGAGAAUCUUCCUGCAUCAACUACUACAGUGAAGGAGGCUCUUUCUGCUGCUUCUGGGAAGAGCAAUAAUUUUGUUUUAGCUGAUGCUAUAAAAGCAUCUGAAAAUGCUAGGGACAAUAAUGACCACAUGCUGCAAGUGAAGCUUUUCAUAGGGGUUGUAUUCAACUUUGCCAUCUUUACAACCACUUCAUUAUAUUUUACAGCCGAAAGCAUGACAGCUGUCUCUGAGAUAAAUAAGCUAGUGAAGACUAAUUGGUGUGAAAAGUUAAUUGCUCAUAUGAACAAAUGUUUGAAAACCUUCCAUUCAGGUCAGAAGGUUUCCAGCCCGGUGUCCUUUGUUCUUUUUUUCUUAGAAAACAUAAACUUUACUGCAACAACUGAAGAAAAUGACAUAGAGACCCCGCGGUUGAAUCACUAUACGGAGGAAAAGGUGAUUAGUAUGAUUGAUGCAAUUAAGAAAGGUGUCAAGCUUAAAGAUUGGAAAGACACGGUGUUUGGCCAGCAGGAAAUUCUAGAAGUUCAAGCUAACGACAUUGAAUAUAUUGAAAAUUACAAGCAAUCUGUAAAGAAGAGGAGAGGGAAUGAGGAUCAGGAUCAGGGUCCUUGGAAGAAGAUCUCUAAGGGUCAUUUGAAGAAGACGACCUCUAAGGAUCAGGGUCUUUUGAAGAAGGGGAUCGCUACUAAGAAGAGGAAAGUGGAGGAUCAGGGUCCUUUGAAGAAGACGAUCAGAUCGAAUAAGGAGUCCAAUGAUGAGAUAAACAUUCGUGCUGAUGUAGGCAGGGAUGUUCUUCGUCAAUACAAGGAGCAUGUUCUCGACAGAACUCAAGACCAAAAUAAAAAUUAAUAUAUUGGACCAUGAAGUUUCAGAACGUAAUUAUGUAGAAUGUUUCAAGCAGCAAGGAUACAUGAACACUUCCAUAAUGUUCAUACAAUGUGCAUUAUGGAAUCAAGAGUGGAAGGGUCAAGCCAUGGACAAAGUUAUAUUGUCUCAAAAGGCAAUGUAUGAAUUGUUAGACCCAGAGCAUGGAACAAGUACAUUAGCUGAUGAGCUUGGACAGCAAGCUAAUUUGAUAUUUAUACCUGUUCUUCAUGAGAAACACUGGUUCUUGAUCGUGAUCUCACGCAAGAAGGACACCAUUUAUAUCCUCGAUUCAUUGCCUUGCAAGUCCAGAGAGGCAGUGAUUUGUGGUAUUCUAGAGACACUGCAGAAGUUGGGAAAAGAAUCAAUUGCUGGAUCUCAAUACAUCUGUGAAGUACUAGACGUGCAGCGUCAAGGAAACAACUAUGAUUGCGGUUUUCAUGUUCUACUGUAUAUCAAAGAAUUCGAUGAUACACAGGCAGUGCAGAUAUGUGAAAUUAACAAGGAUAUGGUGGAAAAAAUCCGCAUUGAAACUGCCGUAGACCUUGUCAACCACAAGCUUAACAAAAGAGAUGAGGAAGAAAAAAUCUCAUAUGAUGAUGAUGAUGAUGUUGAGCUCGUGGAUGAAAAAUUCUCAUAUAGCAAUUUUGUUCUCAGUAGUUUUCUUCACAGGGAUCGGGAUGAUGCGGGUUUGGAUGAUGCGGGUUUCGAUGGUGGAGAAAUUUUUGGUGGAUCCUCGAGUCCGGUUGUUGAUCCCAGUGAAAAUCAACAAGAGAGGGCUGCCUCUAGAGAAGAUUCCAAGGCUGACAUGAAUGAAAAUCAACAAGAGAGGGCUGCCUCGAGUCCGGGGGCUGCCUCUAGAGAAAAUUCCCAGGCUGGGGCUUCGGCUGUUUAUUCCACACCCAAACUGGAUGGCUCUGGGAAUUCGGGUGUUGAUCCCCUGCAGAAAAACACUGAUAAUCAAAACAAGAGGCCUGCCUCUGGAGAAGCUCCCAAGGCUGACAUGAAGAGGACUGCCAAGCCUGAUAAACUUUAUUGUAGGAGGCAACCAAAGGAGAAAGCGGAGGAGGAGCCAGUUUCCUCAGCAGUGCAGGAGGAACCAAAGGAGAAACCGGAGGAGUUAGUUUCCUCAGCAGUGCAACCAUCUUCUACCCAGAGGCCACGGAGAACUGCUGACCCUUUUGGCCAUUAUAAACCAACCCGCCAGUUGCUUAAGGGCGAAAUACUUGAACUGGUUCAUCAGCUGGCCAUUGGUUGUAAGGAGCAGGUUAUAUUGGAGUUUGAAGAGAUCUCGAUGACUGGUUCUCGAUUAGAACAGUCCCUCCAAGGAGGUGCGGAUGCCAGGGAUCUUAUUAUAUUAUUAAUGAAAGUCCUGGAUAAAUAUCCGUACAACCAACGUAAAAGAAUCUUUCUCUCACCAGUAGAGAAGGAUGGCCAAGAUUUGGAGAAAAUGAUUGUGGAUGCACUCCCGGUUCUGAGAUCAGGUAGCAGGACCACCACGUUAAAGGAAACAACUAUUUACUGCCCUGUUCUCUUCCAAGGAGAAUGGAUUGUUGCAUGUUGUGUGUUUUCAAGCUCAAACCAGGUCCAUGUUUUUUGCCACAAAGAUACCUUGGCCAGCGUGAAACCAUUUUGUAUUGAUCUGGGAGCCAAAGCAAACUCAGCUUUAAAAAGAUGCGGAUACAACCAAGUAAAAUUUCCUGACCGCAAAGUGGCAUAUACUGGUACCAACAUAAAGGUCAAUGAUAGUGCGUUUGCAUCAAUGUAUUUCAUCGAGAAUUUCGGGACUUCUGGAGAAAUACAUUUCAACCGGUUUUUAGAGAAGAAUGAUGAGGUGAAGGAUGAAUUCAUUAAAGAUGUGAAGUUAGGGCUUUUGCCGUACUUAUUGAACCACAAGAAUAAUACUGGAACUGUCCCUAAUGAAAUUUCUGAAUUGAUCAAGAAAAACAAAAGGACCUAAAAAAAGGUGAUGAGGCAGCCUGAAGAAGAAGGAUUGCUUGGCUGGCUGCUGGGUUGUUUGUGAACUGCUAUGUCGGUUUGGAAAACUGAUUGUUUGGCUAGCAUGUUGCUGUGGUGAACCUGUUUGUGACCUUUUUUUUUAAUGGUUUCCUGCUCUCUCUCUCUCUCAUUUUGCUGUUUUGGUCGUACUGGUUUUCGUAGCAAUUGUUGAUCUCAAAUCAAGAAUCAGUGAUUUGGAGACUCAACGGAAGCUGCUGAACCCUUCCCCAGAACCCCACUCAAGUGGGAGCCGCCUGGCAUUGGGUCUGCCCGGUUGCAAGCAUGGUGGACGGGAAAUGAUGAAAGUACCUCAGCGGCUGAAAUUUAGUGUUUGUUAUUUAGAGUUGGUUUAGGAUCGUGGACUGGAAGUACUCUUUGAACUGAACUAUUUGUUGGGGUUUGUCACUGAACUGUUGGGUCUCCUACUGUCAUGUAUUCUAUACUCUUUUUUUUCCUUUACAAAUUCAGCCA